CCAUACAAUAGACAUAUAAGAUAUUAUAGUGUAUUAUACAGUAUAUUGAGUGCAAGUGUGCGUCCAAUCAAUGCUCGCAUUCAUUCAUCACUCGAUUAUUAUUAUGUGACUUAUGUUUUGUGUUGUGUUGUUGUUUAGAGAGAGAGAGAGAGAGAGAGAGAGAGUGUCAACACUAAAGCAUAACAACACUUGAAAUCACUUCAAAAAUAAUUAAUUACUAACAAAAUCGUAUCAUUUGAUUACAUUAAUUAGUGACUCAAUUGAUGCCAUCAUUGGUUUAGUAAAUGUUAAUAUAAUAAACACGUUUUUUGCUGUCAUUUACACUCAUUUAUAUGAUUGCUGGACAACAACAACAACAUAAAUAAGAAGACAAUCGUCGGAUGAAUUGAUUACCGCAAUCAAGUGGAUCAGAUCAUCCAAUUUAUGACUAAUUAUAGUGAUUGUCAACUAAUCAAUGGGUCUUUGCCUCUGCAAAGAGCGCAAUAAACGAAGCCAUCAAUCGGCAACCACUUCUUCGCGCGCAAACACCAAUAAUCAUAUGGUUGGCCAACACAUGCUAGAAGAUAAUGACGACAACGAACAAUGUAUGGCCAUUAAUAGUACACUUAUGGCCGCAUCGGACCAUCCGUCGACAAAAUUGUCGUCAAUGGUUGACAGACUUAUACUCGAGACACUGUCACUAAUUAGGACACUCGUCGACAACGAUUUAGACCCGCCAUCAUCUAUGUUGAAGUUGCAUAUAAUAGCCGAUAAAGAGAAAGGAUGGCUAACAGUUGUCAACUCAAUGAUUAAUGUUAUUCCCAUCGAUGACCCAUUAGGUCCGGCAGUAAUUCUUUUACUACUCGAUGACUGUCCUCUUCCAACCAAAGAAUCAAUAACGAAAUUGACGCACAUUUUGAAUUUGUCUAAUAUUAAUAGCAAACAUAUUUCACGACAAUCUAUAGCAAAACAUCGGAACACGUGUUCUGUUAUCGGCUGUUUGGCCGAAAAGCUGGCCGGAACUAACAGUAUGACACUGUUGACGCCGGCAAUCCUCAACUAUCUAAUUAAUAAUCUGAGUCUUAAAAUUGAUUAUUCAAUUGUUUUAUUUACGUUAAUAGCACUUGAAAAGUUUGCACAAACAACGGAAAACAAGUUGACAAUUGCUAAGAGAUUAGAGGAAACAAAUAAGAAUGCAUUGUUUGAAUUGGAAGCGCUCAUCGAUGACAAGGAUUAUCUUAAAAAACAAGUUGGCUUUUGUGCUCAAUGGUCUCUCGACAAUCUGUUCCUCAAAGAGGGUCGACAAUUGACAUACGAAGAUGUCGAUAGAAGCAAUUUGAAUGCUAUUUUGAAUUCAAGUGAUGCCAGUGAGUACUUAAAGAUAUCAGCCAAUGGAUUGAUGGCUCGAUGCGAUGCCUCAUCAUUUGAAAGCGUUCGCUGUACUUAUCAGAUAAUGGAUGGUGUCUUCUAUUAUGAAGCAAUAGUCAUAACGGCAGGUGUUAUGCAAAUCGGUUGGGCGACCAAAGACAGUAAAUUUCUUAACCAUGAAGGCUAUGGUAUCGGUGACGAUGAAUACUCAAUUGCUUACGAUGGUUGUCGACAACUAAUUUGGUACAAUGCUUCCAGUUUUCCUCAUAAGCAUAAGUGUUGGAAACCAGGUGAUGUACUAGGUUGUCUUAUUGACUUGGAACUAGAACAAUUUAUCUUUUAUUUGAAUGGCAUUCCAUUAGAGCCAUGUAAUUAUGUGUUUAAAAAUGCAAAAAAUGGUUAUUUUGCAGCGGCCAGUUUCAUGUCAUACCAGCAAUGUUUGUUCAAUUUUGGUGGCACACCAUUUAAAUAUCCACCCGAUCUAGCAUUUGAAACGUUUAAUGCAAAAGGCUUUCUGACAGAUAGCGAUAAAAUAAUUUUACCAAAACAUAUAAAACUAAAACUGUUGCACUUGUCGUCAACUCGUGAGGACAGUUGUACUCUAUGUUUUGAUGGAACGGCUACAAUACAAUUGAUUCCAUGUUUACAUUCUAAAAUUUGUAAUACCUGUGCCUUACAGUUGGAUAUCUGUCCAUUUUGUCGGUCAGACAUCAAAGAAAGGGUUUCCAUAAACUAAAUGAAGAUAUCAUUAAAUUAACGCCUUUGAUAAGCAUUUGAUUAUUU